CGUGGAUGAGCUUGCUAGUUCAAAUAUCAGAGACAAAAAACCUGAAAACAGCGUGAAAAAAGGAAAUACAAGCAAACUUAAUGAAAAAUAUGCUAUGAUGCAGGAUAAUGAAACGCCAUUAGCGUCCAAAGUGGAAACUCCCACAAUACCAAAUCGUCGAUAUACAAAAAUACUUGAUGAUGAAUCAGGAGCGAAUCCCUUUUACAUACCUUCGAGCGCUCAUAAGGACACUCGAGGAAACUUGUUCAAACGGCCUGAGGGAAAUAAAGGAGAAGAAAUUGGUCAGGGUAAUGCAACUGAACAGGAGUUUUCCCUUCGAAGAACGGUGAUUGAAUCGUUAGAGUUUACAUCAGUAUGGCCACCUAAAUUAUUGUUGUCAUCAUCUUUAACAGAAGACCAAGAUGAUGAGGAAAAAUUAGACGAAUUGCUUGGACCAGCACCGGUCUCUCCAUUGCAGAGGGUGCCCAGAAAACGAGCUUACAGUGAAAUUGAACAUAUUUCUAACUUAACUAAUAAUUGUGAAAUAUGCGACGAUGAAGAGGAGGAACCCGAUUCACCCAAAAGAACGUAUACAAAUAUAUAUACACGACAAUUGUCACAACAAAACUUAAGCUUUGACGAUGCAGCGAAUCCACCUCUUGUUAUAGAUGAUGA